CUUUAAUCUUUCUGACGUCCACAAUUGAGUUAUAAAAUAAGGAAGGAAUUAUAAGGAAGGACGGUAAGGACACACUCUGAAAAAUGUCUUCCGUAUCUGCUGCCAGCAUCGAGUCUGUUGCCAAUGAAGGCCAACAGCAGAAGAAACCACUGAAACCAUGUUGUGCGUGCCCUGAGACAAAGAAAGUCAGGGAUGCUUGCAUCAUUGAGAAGGGUGAGGAAAGUUGCACGAAUCUUAUCGAGGCACAUAAGGAAUGUAUGAGGGCACUCGGAUUCAAGAUUUAAUGCAGCUCUUUGAUCUCUGCUUGUGUGUUGUUGGCUGGCUGUCUUGAAGGGGAUUCUGGAUUUUUCUUAUUUUUAUUUAUAUCUCAACUCAAGGGGAAGGUCUGAUCACUUCAAGGAUGAUGAUAAUAAUAAAAUCAUUACUGGUGUUGCACUGAGUAAAAUGUGUGUGGGCUUUAAGGAGAAUUUAACCUUUUUAUUGUUAAAUGCUUCCUUACCCUGAAGGUAGUUUAUGGGGAUAAAAAGUAGUGUUAACCUUUUUCUUGCAGUAGCUAAAGUGUGCUGUUGAAAUAAAAAGUGAAUCUCUGAUUACACCUUUCUGUAGGUCCAUAAACACUUGCUGGGUGAGGAACCAUCUAACAUUAGGUUGGCAUUUUUAAGAAACCUUUUCUGAUUUUCAAUGAUAUUAUUAAUAUUUUGUUCCUCUGAUUGGGAUUAAAGUAUUCUAUGCAGUGAGA